AGAUCGUACAUGAGGACGUAACGUACAAACGCUCCUGUGAGCUUAUUUAUGAAAAUAGCGAUGUUAGUGACUAAUCAGCUGAGAAAGAAAACAGAGGCGCACAGCUGACACCCGCCAUUGAUGCUCCACGCCGCACGCUGUCAUGACCAGCUGAGUUCAUUAUUUCCCUUGCUGAAGGCAACAAACACCUUGAUAAAUUCAAGAAAGCACUCGAAGAAAAUGGAGGUGACCAGUUUGCGUGCCCUGGAUGAUGAAGGACUGCUAACUCGAAUGGGGAGACGAAUGGCUGAGUUUCCUCUUGAGCCCAAUCUUGCCAAAAUGUUGAUCAUGUCAGUUCACUUACAGUGCUCAAAUGAGAUCCUUACCAUCGUCUCUAUGCUGUCUGUACAAAAUGUAUUCUACAGAUGCUUCGAACGAAGGGUGAGGGGGCUUCUCUCCUUCAGGACUCUGUAAGUGGCCUCUGGGACAGCCAAGAGAAGUCUCUCCAUAUCAACAUCCUGGAACUCAGGGCAAUUUGCCUGGGGCUCCAACACUUUGUGGAUGUGCUGUGGAAUUCUGUUGGUUUCCUUUGACACCACCACGGCACUUGCGUAAGAAAGUUGUCUCCAGUUGUUAGUUAAGAAAUUGUUUUUAUGGGGCUAUAAAAAAAAAAAAAAAAAAAAAAAAAAAAAAAGUCCAUAAGGUAAAAAUUAUGGUAAUAAAACACCACAAAAAAGAUGAGAAUCUGUUCAAGGAUAACUAAGAAAUCUACUGCAGAUCUACAAUGAAUAUCCCUUAAAUAAGUUGUCGCUACUAUUCACUGUAAUCUGGCAUUAGCCAGAUUAACAGUUUAACAGGAGGUUGUAUGGUUAUACAAACAUACUACCACAUCAAAGUCAGAAUAGGUUGACAUGCAUGUUGUAAUUAAACUAAAUGAUAUUCUGAACACAUUACAGGUGGAUUUCAUCCAAGUUAUUCAAUGGCAAUACAGUUAUAAUAGUUUAAAGAAAACCAUGUUAUAAUUCCUUACUUUUUUAUAAGAUUUGAUAAGGAAAACAAGCAAUUUUACUUACUGGCACACACUGCUUAAAAUUCACCACAAUAUCAAGACAACAUGUACUGGCUGUACACUAUCAUCAACUAGUAUUAAUAUACUCUUACACACCACUCAUUCACAUAUCAGAAGAUAGCCCAAUUUGUGUUGAUAUACAUGGGACUCCUAACAUACCAGUACCACAGCUACAGAAACUAGUCCAACUUGUGUUGAUAUACUCAGACAUGGGACACUCAACAUACCAGUACCACAGCUACAGAAACUAGCCUAACUUGUGUGGAAUGGGACCCUUAGACAUACCAGUACAGUUACAGAAUAUAGCCAAACUUGUGGAAAAGUUUGGGAAUGAAAGGGAAGCUGCAGCAUGUUCAUUACACAUAACACAUUACCAACAGAUACCUUACUGAAAGACUGUUUAGCACCUACUCAUGUAAUGCUCCAGUCUUAGCAACCCUUGACAAUUAUAUCAAACAAACAUUGGAAAUGUUACAUUAUAUAUUUUGUUAAAGUACUUUUUCAUCUUUCACUCAGCCACUACUAGUCUUGUUUGUCAUAUGUUUAUGUGAUGUUAAAGAUGAUGAGAAUGUCUAUGGUUAUUUGAAUGUCACUGACAGACAUCAGAGGAAUGCGUGACUGUAAUACGUGUUCUCUCUCAUGUUAUGUCCCAACUCCAUCAUGUGAACUGAU